CUUGCUAUGCACAUUUCAUAACAUUUAGUACAAUUUAUGGUGAAUGCCAAUUGCGUAUUCCCGCCUGUUUUAAAAUCGAUUGACAGCGUCUGCGAAUAUUUCCACUGAGCUUGCAAAAAACAUUGUAAAUUCUUUUAAAAUAAUAUAUAAAUUACAAUAUGCCAGGAAUAGCUCCAUUAUCCACUGGCGUUAUAGAGCGCAUUAUGCGAGGAGAGGAAGUGGAUAAGCCUGUUUUACAAAUUUUAGGUACAAAGAAAAUUACAGGCGGCGAAACAGAUCGUUUGCGUCUACUUAUUUCAGAUGGAAAAUUUAUCAACAGUUAUUCAAUGUUAGCAACUCAACUCAAUCAUUUGCACGAAGAAGGUAAGCUCUCGGAAUACACAAUAGUGCGAGUGGACAAAUAUAUAACAUCUGUGGUCAAUGGCAAGGAUGCUGGAAAGCGUGUACUUAUAAUACUCGAAUUGAGUGUUUUAAAUCCGGGUACUGAAGUUGGUAAAAAGAUCGGUACUCCAGUUUCAUACACCGAAGAAGCCGCUGCACAAAGUAAUAAAGGCAGUUCGGCCAAUAAUAGUGCUGCUAUCAAACCCACGUCGACAAAUAAUGCAAAGAAAAACGAACCCAAACCAUCACUCUACAAUAAUAAUAAUAACACUACUUUGAAUCAAUCAUUAACAGCAGGGCUUACUCAUCCUAUCUCCAGUUUGAGUCCCUACCAAAAUAAAUGGGUAAUCAAAGCCCGUGUUACAGCAAAGGGUCCAAUGCGAACAUGGAGCAAUGCAAAGGGUGAAGGUAAACUUUUUAGUAUGGAUUUAAUGGAUGAAUCUGGAGAGAUACGCGCAACCGCAUUUCGCGAACAAGCGGAGAAAUUUUAUGAUAUCAUUGAAGUUGAUCGUGUUUACUAUAUAUCGAAAUGUCAGCUGAAACCAGCGAAUAAACAAUUCACCACACUGAAAAAUGAUUAUGAAAUGACUCUAACGGGCGAAACUCAAAUCCAAGCAUGCGAGGAAGACGAUAAUGAUAUACCAGAAAUUAAAUACGAUUUGGUUCCCAUAUCGGAAUUGGCGAACCUAGAAGCACGUACAAGUGUCGAUACAAUUGGUAUUUGCAAAGAAGUUGGCGAACUACAAACAUUCACCUCACGCACUACCAAUAAGGAAUUCAAAAAGCGCGAACUGACACUUGUUGACUCCAGCAAUGCUGCUGUGAAUUUAACACUAUGGGGUGAUGAUGCCGUUAACUUCGAUGGGCACGUACAACCAGUGAUUUUAGUUAAAGGUGCACGUGUAACUGAAUUUAAUGGUGGUAAAAGUAUAAGCAUGGGCAAUGGCUCUGUUAUGAAAAUAAAUCCAGAUAUCCCGGAAGGGCAUAAACUGCGUGGUUGGUUCGAUAAUGGCGGUGGUGAACAUAUUUCCAAUAUGAUUUCCACCAGAACCGGUGGUGCUGGAGGUGGCUUUAGCACCGAGUGGUUAACAUUCCACGAGGCCCGCAGCAGAAACCUGGGCGCUGGCGACAAGCCCGACUAUUUCCAAUGCAAAGCCGUUGUCCAUAUAGUUAAAUGUCAGAAUGCUUUCUACAAGGCUUGUCCACAAGCGGAUUGCAAUAAAAAGGUUAUCGACGAGAACAAUGGUCAUUAUCGUUGCGAGCGUUGCAAUGCAGUUUUCCCCAACUUCAAAUACAGGCUAUUAAUUAAUAUGAGUAUUGGCGAUUGGACAUCAAAUCGUUGGGUCACUUGCUUCAGCGAAGUGGGUGAACAGUUAAUGAAGCGUUCGGCACAAGAAAUUGGUGAUCUACUCGAAAACAAUCCACCGGAAGGUGAAGAAGUGCUCUCCUCAAUCAAUUUCAAUUCGUACAUAUUUAAAUUGCGCAGCAAAAUGGAACAGUUUGGUGAUAUGCAACGUAACAAGCUGACAGUACAAUCUGUCGUGCCUCUGGAUUACAAGGAGUACAAUAAAUAUUUGAUAAACAACCUUAAAGAGUUAACAGGCAUUCACAAAAAUUAAAUCAACUUGAAAUUGUUUACGUGAAUAUUAUUUAUGUUUAUUUCUAUCUGUUCGUGUUACAUAUAAUACAUACAUAUUUUAUUUAAUAUUCUUAAAUCAGUUUUUCAAAACGAAAAUAAAUGUAAGGUAAAUGGA